GGAGACAAGUCACCAAAGAGGGAAAUCCGUAAUGCGCAUGCGUCAGCCAUGCAGAUCUGUUAUUGUCACGUGACAGCUGACGCAACGCCACAAACUUUUGCUUAACAUCACUGGUAACGCUGGCUAGUAGAAAAUAUAAAGAAACACAUUCUACUGACGUGUGGAGGAAAUGAAUACACACCUAUAUUGAUAUUAUAAUCAUUUGAAGCGGACUUGGUGUACAAGCUCGAAACCAUCCAAAAGCGCUAAUGGUAUACUAGCAUUAGCAUUAGCAUAAGCACCGCAGAAGGAGGAAAACGCGUGCGAGCUUCCGGACAGCGGACUGAACUCACAUUUCAUCUGCCCAGUCUUUCAGUUUUCAGUAUGCGGAACCGACAGCGGGGAUCCCAUCUGGGCUUGAUGCUCCUCGCCUCCCAGGUGUUUCAGAUGGGCCUGGACCACAUCCCCCCAGUCACUCUAGCUGUCCUGGGACUCAAUGUGUAUCUUUACCUGUUCCCCGCAGCUCCACUGAUGCAGGCCUGUGUGAGUGUCCAGCAGGCCUACUGGUUCAAAGACUGGCGCCGCCUUCUGCUCUCCCCGCUACACCACGUGGAUGAUUGGCACCUCUACUUCAACAUGCUGUCCUUCCUCUGGAAAGGCGCCGCGCUGGAGCGCCGGCUGGGCGGGCCCUGGUUCCUCUACCUGCUGUCAGUCUUCUCUCUGAUCACCGGACUGGUCUAUUUGGCGUUGGAGGCCUUGUUGACGGAGCUCACCCAGGACCAAUCCUACAGCAUGGCCUGUGCUGUCGGCUUCUCAGGUGUCCUGUUUGCUCUGAAGGUGCUAAAUAACCAUUACCAUCCUGGAGGUGUGACCUAUGUGAUGGGUUUCCCCGUGUCUAAUCGCUAUGUCAGCUGGGUAGAGCUUGUGCUGAUCCACAUAACAUCACCUGGGACCUCCUUUGUCGGUCACCUGGCGGGCAUCCUGGUGGGCCUGCUGUACACUGCUGGGCCGCUGAAGGCCGUCAUGAAGACAUGUGCAGGGUUUGUAACAUCAAAUGGAUAUAACUCCCGUGCCAACGCGUACUACCGCUCUUCAGGCACUACAGGCUACAGCGGCGCGGGUGGAGGAUACUCGGGAUACCGCCCGGCUCCACCAGAUCACACAACCCGUGCAGCAUCUUAUACAGGCGGACUGACGGAGGAGGAGCAGAUAGAGGCGGCCAUCAGAAACAGCCUGCAUGACAGAGGACAAGGCGGCCAGAGAGGUGCCCCCCCUCCUUAUGGUUUCCGCCCCUUUGAGGAGCCGACAGCUGAGGAGGUCAGGUUGAGGAGACUCAGGCGAUUCGACAGCUGAGCAGCCAGGGCAGCGGAGGAGAAGAAGGAGAAGAAGGUGUCGGUGCCAAGAGACGAGCUCUCUCCUGAGGCAUGACAAGGUCCAACCAACAGACUAAAACAGCUUUUUUAUUGUGUGGCCUCUUGUGCCUCUUUAGCAGAAGUGAAUGUUAGCUUUGGAACUUGAUUGUGAACUAAAUAGUUUAAUGGCGUCGGAGCAGGUUGGGUUUCGGCGUGUCCGAUGACGCAGAAGCGGCUUCCAAUUGGGGAAUUAAGAAGAAAGUUAAUGGGAUCAUCAGAUUGGCUGUUGUCACACCGCUUGAACUUGUAAGAUAGAUACAGGACAUAAUAUCACAUUUUCACGUUCACAAAUCCAUGUUCCUGCUGGUGUAGAAUCAAAAUCCUGUCUUUGAAUUAGUAAACAUGGACUUCAGAGAUGAAGCUAUGUUUCAAAUUGUUUUUUUCAGAACAGGUAAAGACCACUUUUUCAACAUCCAGACCCGCACCGCUAAGUCCAGUGGAAAAAUGACACGUGUGGACAUGUGGUAUACGUCCAGUGCCCUUUGGUCUCCACCUCUUGUUGUGUGGUCGUGAAAAAAAGCUGUGAAAACAGCCUGGAUUUUCUAAAUUGGGGCGCAAUUAUUCAUAGAUUGAUAUCAGCAAUACCUGAAUGCGUCUUCUUUUUUUCCCCUGAUAUUACCAAAACAUCAUAACUAAGGUUGAAUGCCGCCUUGGUGGAUCACAUCAGGUGUCAUGAAGCCCCUAAAGCCCUGAGGCAUCAUGGGAAGUAGGACGACUUAAGACCCAACAAGCCGUCAACCGGCGUGGGCUCCAAAAAGCCCGUCGUGGUUUUACGUCUUUCUGUCUGUUCGUGUGCGUGUGUGUCUGCUGUCGAAAGGCGAUUCUGCUUCAAGAUGUUCUGGCGACUUGAAUCCGUUUGGAUUCAUUGAAUUCACUUACACAGUGUUUCAAUUCUAAAUAGUUAUUUUUAUACCAUUGUUACGGUUUUGCUGGGCAGUUCAGAGGGUCAGUGUCAUGAAAUUGGGCUAAACAGCGAUUUGAAUGUUCAGAGCUUUACUCCUCGGACUAAUGACACAAUUUAAACGCCGCUCCAAAGAUAUACUGAGUAUUUACAUUUUCUCGUUCCGCUUUAUAAAAACUGGGGAUAUUGCGUGUUGAUCUAUUUUUUUACUUGUUGAUGAACGUCUGCAUGUCCACAUUAUAAUAAAAGAAGUUGGAACAAUACA